AGAGGUCUCCAUUUGCACCAACUCUGGCCAAGGCACUUAGGGACAGGGUGUUUGGUGUGGAUGAUUCUGAGAGACAAUUGCAUAUAAUUUACCUUGCCAAUGACAUUCUAUUUGACAGCUUGUAGCGUAGGAUCAACCCUCAUGAGCUUGAUAACGAGGCACUUGCAUUUAAGCCUGUUUUAGGUUCCAUGCUUGCCAGGAUUUACCACAACCUUCAAAACAAGGAGGAAAAUCAAUCACGAUUGUAGAAAAUUUUACAGUUCUGGGCUUCCAAGGAAGUCUAUGAUCAUGUCACUAUUCAUGCGCUUGAGAAUGAGUUGAUUGGUGGACCACCAACGAAUUUCUUUCCAAUAUUUGGUGGUUUCUACCAUCAGAUAUUUGUUUCUUCUUUUUUCAAGUUACCAUUAUAAUAAGCUUUCAUUCACUGUUUGUUUACUUGUUCAGGAAGCGGAAAAACUUACACUAUGAAGCCAUUGCCCCUUAAGGCCUCUCGAGAUAUCUUGAAGCUGAUGCACCAUACUUACUGGAACCAGGGCUUUCAGUUGUUUUUCAGCUUCUUUGAGAUAUAUAUAUAUGGAGGAAAACUUUUUGAUCUCCUCAGCGAUAGGAAGAAACUUUGCAUGAGAGAGGAUGGUAAACAGCAAGUUUGUGUUGUUGGUUUGCAACAGUGCAAAGUGUCAGAUGUGGAGACAAUCCAGGAGCUCAUAGAGAAGGAAAAUGCUACAAGAAGUGCAGGCACAACCGGUGCAAAUGAGGAAUCAUCAUGUUCACAUGCCAUUCUUCAGCUUGCAAUUCAAAGGUCAGCUGAUGGCAGUGAAUCUAAGCCUUUUGGCAAGCUCUCCUUCAUAGAGUCUUGCUGGAAGUGAAUAAGGUGCAGAUACU